AUGCUCCUCAUCAAGGUCGUCCUUGCCGCCCUAGCCACUUUGCCACUCGCCACCGCUGGAACAUCCUCCGCCGCAUCGGCCCUCCCCACAGCCGAGGUGUGCAACCAUGCUCCCACCGUACCCCCCGCAGCCGUGUUCGACUACCCCCAGGCGGCCAAUUGGUGGACACUCACAAAGGACAACCGUGCGGCGUGGAACUGGACCAACUGCCCGCCGGAACUCAACUCCACGACUCUGACGCUCACCGUGACCAACAAUAACACUGCCCUUCUGAAUGGCACAUCGCCAUUGGUCUGGGUAUCUGGAAUGCCCGCGACGGGGAUCAAUGCCUACGUCUCGCCCGUCAGCGGCCUGGAGACCUGGGCCAAGCCCGGUGGCGGCUACGUACUGACCUUGACCAACAACAACCAUACUGCUGUGUACGCCACCUCGGCAUCGUUUGAGAUCAAGGCCAGCAACGCUACAGUGGACCCAGCUGCCACCGUUGCCAAGUCUGGCACGGACCGUGUUCCCUCGUCCUCUGUGUUCAGCAUCGGCCUCGCUCUGCUUGGGGUGGCGGGUAUGGGGAUGAUUGUCUGA